AUGCAACAGGCCGGGUCCAUCACGCAAGAUGUCCUGGGUAGACUGGUGGAGCUGCGGCACGAGCUGCACCGUCGACCAGAGCUCUCUGGCGCGGAAGCAGGGACAGCCUCCUUCAUAGCAGGAUUCCUGGAGCCCCUGAAGCCGGACCGACUGUUGCGGAACAUCGGCGGCCACGGCCUCGCGGCCGUCUUCCACGGAGAUGACCCCCAGGCUGGGCCCUGCAUCGGCUUUCGCUGCGAGCUGGAUGCGCUGCCCAUUCAGGAAAGCAACACCAUGGACUACCGGUCCCUGGUGACGGGCGUCUCCCACAAGUGCGGGCACGAUGGGCACAUGGCCUCGGUAGCCGGCCUGGCACUUCUGGCUGCCGCCACGCGCCCCCGACGCGGGCGCCUGGUGCUGCUUUUCCAGCCCGCCGAGGAAACAGGAGAGGGCGGACCGGCCUUUGCAGCUGACCCCCUCUUCGCCGAGUUGGGCCUGGACCAUGUGUUUGCGUACCACAACCUUCCGGCCUUGCCACUGGGCACAGUGGCGGUGCGCUCGGGUACAUUCACCUGCGCCUCCAAAGGAAUGCGGGUGCGAUUGGUGGGCAAGACGGCGCACGCUUCCUCGCCUCAGGACGGAGUCAGCCCGGCGCUCCCCAUGUGCCGCAUCAUUGAAGAGCUGAGCCGACCCCCGGAAUCACGCGGGCUCCCCAACUUCAACCGGGUGACGGUGGUGGGCGCGAAAUUGGGCGAAGAAGCCUACGGAGCCACGCCCGGAGACGCCGAGGUCUGGGCCACCUUGCGCACCGAGGCGGACGACACGAUGGACGCGCUGGAGAACCACGUGGCGUCGUUCGUCCAUGAGACGGCUCUGGCAGGUAAUGUGACCGUGGAGCUCACUUAUUGCGAUGUGUUCACGACCACGCAAAACAACGAAGCUGCUGUUGACAACAUCCUUACCGCGGCACGCGAGUUAAAGCUGAGGCAUCAAAUUCUCGAUGAGCCCCUGCGCUUCUCGGAGGACUUCGGGGCACUGACCGCCCGCGUUCCUGGGGCCAUGUUCGGGCUUGGCUCAGGACCCGGCCCACAGCUGCACAACGACGACUACGAUUUCCCCGACACCCUUCUGGAGCAGGCCUUGGGAAUGCUCCGUCACAUCGCCGCGCAGCUGCUCGACUGGUAG